AUGAGUGAGCCGACUUAUCUCGCCCUCGCCCCUAUGAAUAGGAUGUUGCAUUCGGUUGAGCCGCCUAGACCCCCGGAUGAAUAUUCAGUCCCCCUUGGUGGUUAUGACCAGCGUCACCAUCCAUCAGUGCCGCCCAGAUUGCCACCUUCGAGGAAAAGUAGCGUCCACGAAGCUACUCACAAUUAUUUAGCGGACCUGAAAAUGUUGGAUCAAGAUACCUCCCCCUCUUGGAGAAGCACACCACCAAUAGAAUCUCCCGCGAGUGAAAGCGACGAUGAGAACGAUGCUUCUUUUUUACGGUGCGUCUUGUAUCGAGAUCCGGAACCGGACUCAACCUUCAUACCACCUCGCCACGGAUUCCAAACCGACGAAACAAACCCGCUACCGUAUAGGCUUGAUGAAUGGCUGAGCUUCCAGUAUCCUCUCCAGCUUGCCGAUGCCUACAACGAAAUUUAUGACGAAUACCACCACCAUUUCCUUACAUUCUUCGAGAACCACCAGCUAGAGAGAGUUGACAGCCCUGUGGACUCAAUGUUAAAUAAUUGGGAUAGCGACGAUGAGUCGAUCAUAUCGUCUGUAGCGUCAUCCAUCCCCGCUUGGAGUGGAAGUCUAAGUAACCUUACAAUGCAUGUCGGAGCAAGCUUCCUGGAGCUUACACCAAGACGGGACUCCAAUGGCCCGUAA